AUGAAGUUUAUAUAUAAUGUUUCGCUCACAGCCACGUUGCUAUCUUUGAUACCCAUUGCAUCGUCUGCCACUGUUGCCGCUGCUGCUCCAGCAAACGCUUCACCACCACAGGGAAGUUUUAAAAUAGAUUUCAAUGUCAGAAGAGGCUCAUCAAAGGAGAAUUUGUCCCCCAUUGAUGAUCAAAAACCACGAUUUGUCAAGCGUGCCGAUGAAGAUGGCUCAUUCAACAUGGAGUUGAUAAAUGAACAGACUUUUUACUUGGCCGAAUUACAUAUUGGCUCCAAUAAAGACAAGAAUGACGUACUUGUUGACACUGGAAGUUCAGAUUUAUGGGUAAUGUCACAUGAUCUUAAUUGUGUCAGUGCUAGUAGCAGCAGCGGUUCAUCGAAGAGGAGAAAGAGAGAUCCCAAGAAUGUAUUUGGUCACAUCUCUGGUACCGGAGUAAAAUUUCCCUUUGAAGCUGAACAAGAAGAUACAAAGAAAGAAAGAGAAGACCAAACUGAGCAAGAACAAACUCAACAAGAACAAAAGAGAGAAACUCCAUCAAAAUCAGAAGAUGUUGUUGAGGAUGCCAACAAACGAGCUGACAGCUAUUACACUACAAUCUACUUAUCCGAAAUGCCCGAUGGAACUAAUUUACCGGCACCAGGCGGUGGCAUAGGUUCCGGUUCAAGCUCUUCUAGGGGAUCUGGCUCAGGCUCAAACACCUGUACGUCUUAUGGCUCAUUCAAUACGGGGAACUCUGACACUUUUAAACGCAAUGACACUGGCUCAUUCCAAAUUCAAUACGCUGAUGGUACUUUUGCCACUGGUAUUUGGGGGCACGACACUGUUCGCAUAGGUGAUAUCUCAGUACCGGAUUUGAGUUUUGCCAUUGCUAAUGAAACUUCGAGUGAUAUUGGUGUUUUGGGUAUUGGAUUACCUGGUUUGGAAACCACCACUUCGUUUGGAUACAUGUAUGAAAACUUGCCAAUGAAGAUGAAAUCUGAUGGUGUUAUUAAACGUGUUUUGUACUCAUUGUAUUUGGAUCAAGCUGAUGCUGAUAGUGGAUCACUUUUGUUUGGAGCUAUUGACCAUGCUAAAUACGAAGGUACUUUGGAAACUGUCCCCAUGUUGAAAACUUAUAGACAAAUCGAUUAUCCCGUUAGAUUUGAAGUUGAAGUUGGCAACAUUACAUUGAACAAUAACCAGGGAGUUACCGCCAAUGUAAUGACUGACUCUGUUGGUGCGGUAUUGGAUUCAGGAUCCACAUUAUCGUACUUGUAUUCGGAACAAAUUGAAGCUGUUGGUGAGGCACUUCAUGGUAGAUAUUCAAGUAGUGCUGGUGCAUACAUUGUUGAUUGUCGAUUCUUGAAUACAAACUCAACAUUGGAUAUUCAAUUUGGUGGUAAGACAAUUAAAGUCCCCGUUUCAGAUUUGGUUUUACAAGCAAGUAGAUCAACUUGUUAUUUGGGUCUUUUUGAACAAUCAUCGAGUUCUUCGUACAUUUUAUUUGGUGAUAAUGUAUUGAGAAGCGCUUAUAUUGUUUAUGAUUUGGAGGAAUACGAAGUCCACAUUGGACAAGUUUAUUAUACUGAUGAUGAAGAUAUCGAAGUUGUAGAUGGAAGUGUAUCUACCGGUGGGGGUCAAAAUUCAACUAGAGUAGGGGGAGGUAGUGGAUCAGGUUCUUCCUCCUCCUCUUCCUCAUCAUCAUCAUCAUCUGCAGGUAACAAGAACGGCGCCUCGUCGAUGUUUAGCUUGUCUUGGGCAUGCGUUUUUGCUGGAGUAAUGGUUUCCGUGGUUAGUACAUUAUAG